UUUGUCAACGGCAGAAGGGCGACCUGCGGAGCCAGGAGCAGGCGGGGGCGCUGCAGGGCGGCGGCCAUCUCCACGGGAAGUUAACGUUUCCGGUGAAGUCCGCCCAGCGGUUCCGAGGUGAGGACGCCAAGCCUGACCCCGCCAAUAUGAAGGCAAAGCAUGUCCAGACCCAGGCGAAGGUUCCUGCUGACCCAGGCUCUCACCGGCACGUUGUCCUUUACUGUCCUCCUGAGGGUGUCUGGAGCUUCAGUGCUGUGUGCUCUCGGCUGGAGCACCACCGAUUCCCGCUGUCCAGGACUUGCAGUGGACUCUCUGAGACACUGAUGUAGAAUCUUCCCCAUUCGCAGCACCAAGAGCAGCCUCACAUGGUGUGGGCUGACAUGAAGAGCUGCCAGAUCCAACAGAGAUUGGGUUGGUAACAUUGAAGAGACACUUCUCACCUGCCUGAAAUGGCCUACGUUAUCUUCAAGUUGCAAGGGCUCCGGAACAGCCCUUGCAGUGCUCCCAUAAAGGGAAGCAUCACAUUUUACUGUAGUUCUUUGCUUUUUUUUCUUUUUUGUGCCUAUAGGGAUUAGCAUACAUGUAUGUGAAAAUAUAAAAAGUGUACAGCUAGGCACCUGUAACUAGUUUUCUGUUGCUACCUAUUAACACAUUAUAACAAGUUAGUGGUUUGAAACCACAGAAAUCAGGAAUGACUGGGUUCUCUGAUUGGGGUCUUCGGAGGCUGAAAUCCAGUUAUGUGCUGCCUGUGUUUUUCAUCUAGAGCUCAGGCUAUCACUACAGAUGUAUUGGCAGAAUCCAUCUUCCUGUGGGUGGAGGACUGACAUCCUUUUGCAGUCCUCCUCCUCCUGGCUCUCAGCCUGAAGACACUCUGACUCCAGAGGCCACCUGCAUUCUUUCUCACUUUCCCCAUCUUCCAACCAACAACAGCUCAUGGAAUUCUUCUCCAGCUCCCAUCCUCUCUCUGACUUUGUCUUCUCCUACCCACUAGAGAAAUCUGUGACUCUUAGGGAGGGGUGUGAUUAGAUCCGGCCCACUCAGGAAAGCUCAGGCUUGGUAUUAGUCUGUUCUUGCAAUGCUAUAAUGACCUGAGGCUGAGAUUUAUAAAGAAGAGAUUUAAUUAGGUCAUGGUUCUGUGGGCUGGCAGGAGAGAGAGAGGGGUGGGGUGGGGUGGGGGGAAGUGCUACAUAGUUUUAAAGAGCCAGAUCUCAUGGAAACUAUCACAUGACAGCACCUGGGGGAUGGUGCUAAGCCCUUAGAAACCAUCCCCAUAAUCCAGUAACCUCCUGCCAGGCCCCACUCUAACACUCGGGAUUAUAAUUCAACAUGGGAUUUGGGUGGGGACACAGGACCAAACCAUAUCACUCUUUAAAGUCAUAUGACUGCCAUUUAACAACGUAAUCACAGGAAUGUCUCAGCUUAACAGGUUCCAGAGAUAAGGGUAGAGGAUGUUUGGAGACCAUUUUAGAAAUUCCACCUAUCGCAGUUCAACUUCUGGUCCCCAGACAUUCACGUUCCUCACAGAUGCAAAAUACAUUUACCCUCUCACCUGAGGUGUCCAAGUUUCAUGUCAUUAUGCAUUAGUGCAAAGUGAAAAAUGUCAUGUAGCUUUAAUCUGAUCAAAAGUUUAAAAUCUCAUUUAAAUCAUCUACACCAAGUGUGAAUGAGGCUUCUGAGGGUGUCCGUUAAGUACAGAUUCCUUUUAUUUGAGAGUGAGUCUUGGCCUGUUACCCAUGCUGGAGUGCAGUGGUGCGAUCUUGGCUUACUGUGACUUCUGCCUCCUGGGUUCAAGUGAUUCUCCUGACUCAUCCUCUCGAGUAGCUGGGAAUACAGUCAUGCACCACUGCAUUUAGCUAAUUUUUUUGUAUUAGUAGAGAUGAGUUUUUGCCCUGUUGGCCAGGCUAAUCUGAAACUCCUGACCUCAGGGGCUGUCCCCCUCAGCCUCUCAAGAUGCUAGGAUUUCAGGCAGGAGCUACCAUGCCCAGCCCAAGUACAGAUCCUUGAUAUAAUUCCAUUACCCGUGUUGACCCGUGAAACUGAACAGCUUAUCUGUCCUCAGUGUGCAACGGUGGGACAGUCACAGAAUAACACUGCUAGUGAUACUUGUUCAAAAAGAGGGAAAGUGGAGGGAACAAAGUCACUGAUCCAAAACCGUUUUGACAUGGGGUUGAGCAAAGUCCAGCCAGAAAUUCUUCAUUAGGCUCCACAGCCUGGAACUAACCCUCUGUGACAGGGGGCUUUGCCUCCGGGCUCUGCAUGUUUUUCUAUCAUUAUUGAAAACAUUUUAUUUUCCUUCUCUCCUGCUUUUUUUGGUUCUUCCCCUUUCUCCUCAUGGCAGCAUCCUCCACUUAAUCCUUGCUGUGUCAUCCCCAGCAGAAUUGGCCAGACAUUGCCUGUGUCACAGUCCUGACCAUCUCCACGAGGGGCUGUCCUUGUGAGCCCAUGCUCCUCUUCACUCACCUGACCUCUCGCAGUCAUGAUUGCUUUCAGCUGCCCUGGCUGGCUUAGGAGAAAACCUAAGACUAUGGAGUUUCAGAACAAAUCUCUGCCCCCUCUACCUCCAAGAGAGGAAGAAAUAACAGUGAUCUUCAUAGAGAAAUGACCCACAGGAGGGCCUGGACUCUCCAGCAGUUACAGCAGAAGGAAGUUGCUGAAGAAUGGAGGAGCUGAGAGCCCAGGCCGGGAAAGCAGGGUUGUGUGAAACACUAUUUAAUCCUAUGUGCUCCCUGCCCCAAUCUAGCAGCCAGUGAAUGACAACUGACCAAGUAUAAAGGCCAGGACUGUAGAACUGUGAUAAAGGGUUUGUCCAAGGAAAGGGGCUUUUCCCGUUUUUGUUUUCACAGUGGAAAUUGCUAUUCUUCAUCUAAAGUUUCCUGAAUGGCAGCAGCGAGCUUCUGGAGGGACAUCACUGCCAACUUCAGGGAAGCAGGAACACAGCUGCCCGCUUUACAGUGUGGGCUGCUUUUGUGCCUGGAAUGUGUGUGAUGUCCUGAGACCUGUACCUAUUUCAGGGAGCCUUGGGAGGAGCCUGAAUCACUGAUGGAAUUGGACGGUGCAUGGAGAUGGUUGAGCAGCACGAGGUCUCUGGGUGUGCCUGGGUGCCCCAAAUGUCACCAUGGCGGCACCUGGCAGGGCGUGUUCCAGGCAAACCACAGAGGUGAACUUUCCUGAUAUUGUCGAGAAUUCCUACACCCAGCAGGAAGAGACCAAACCGAGUUUCAGAGACAGCAAAAAUAGACUUCUUCUGAGCCAGGUGGCCUACUUCCAGAACUACCAGCUGAAGACAGACAAAGAUCGAAAAGAUGACUAUGAAGAACAGAAAUACAGAGACCGCAAAAAUAAACUUUUUUUGAGUCAAGUGGCCUACUACCUGGGCUGCCGGCAUAAGACGGAAGUCCCUGGCUUUCUGUGUUGUGCCCCAAAAGUCAACAUGGUGGCAUCUGGCAGGCCUCCUUUUAGAAUAAACGGAGAGGUGAACGUUCCAGAAGGCAUUGAGAAAUCCGGCUCACAACAGGAAGAAAACAAACCAAAUGUCGGAGCCAGCAAAAACAGACUUCUUCUGAGCCAGGUGGCCUACUUCCAGAACUACCGGAUGAAGACAGACAGUAGGUUCUAUGAUCGAGAAGAUCACGAUGAAGAACAAAAAUACAGAGACAGCAAAAACAAACUUGUUAUGAGUCAAGUGGCCUACUACCUGGCCUGCCGGCUGAGGAUGAAAGUCCCUGGCUUUCUGUAUUGUUACCCAAACAUCAGCAGGGUGGAUUCCGGUAAACUUCCUUCGAGAAAAGACCCAGAGGUGAAUGUUCCAGAAGCCAUUGAGAAAUCCUGCUCCCAGCGGGAAGAUAACAAACCGGAUGUUGGAGUCCGCCGAAAUAGAUGUCUUCUGAGUGAGGUGGACUACUCCCUGAACUACCGGCUGAGGGCAUACGAAGCUCGAGAAGAUGACGAUGAGGAAUGGAGGGACGGAGACAGCAAAAAGAAACUGCUUGUGAAUCGAGUGGUCUACUCCCUGGCCUGUCAGCUGACGACGGAAGUCCCUGGCUUUCCGUGUUCUACCCCGAAUGUCAUCACGGUGUCAUCUGGCAGGGCUAUUGCUGGAAAACUCCCAGGGGUGAACGUUCCAGAAGCCAUUGAGAAAUUCUGCUCCCAGCGGGAAGAUAACAAACCGGAUGUCGGAGUCCGCCGAAAUAGAUGUCUUCUGAGUGAGGUGGACUACUCCCUGAACUACGGGCUGAGGGCAUACGACGCUCGAGAAGAUGACGAUGAGGAGCGGAGAUACGGAGACAGCAAAAAGAAACUGCUUGUGAGUCGAGUGGUCUACUCCCUGACCUGUCAGCUGACGACGGAAGUCCCUGGCUUUCCGUGUUCUGCCCCGAAUGUCAUCACGGUGGCAUCUGGCAGGGCUGCUGCCGGAAGAAUCCCAGGUGUGAACGUUCCAGAAGCCAUUGAGAAAUCCUGCUCCCGGCGGGAAGAUAAACCGGAUGUCGGAGUCCGCCGAAAUAGAUGUCUUCUGAGUGAGGUGGACUACUCCCUGAACUACGGGCUGAGGGCAUACGAAGCUCGAGAAGAUGACGAUGAGGAACAGAGAGACGGAGACAGCAAAAAGAAACUGCUUGUGAGUCGAGUGGUCUACUCCCUGGCCUGUCAGCUGACGACGGAAGUCCCUGGCUUUCCGUGUUCUGCCCCGAAUGUCAUCACGGUGGCAUCUGGCAGGGCUGAUACCGGAAAACUCCCAGGGGUGAAUGUUCCAGAAGCCAUUGAGAAAUCCUGCUCCCAGCGGGAAGAUAACAAACCAGAUGUCGGAGUCCGCCAAAAUAGAUGUCUUCUGAGUGAGGUGGACUACUCCCUGAACUACCGGCUGAGGGCAUACGAUGAUCGAGAAGAUCACGAUGAAGAACAAAAAUACAGAGACAGCAAAAACAAACUUGUUAUGAGUCAAGUGGCCUACUACCUUGCCUGCCGGCUGAGGAUGAAAGUCCCUGGCUUUCUGUAUUGUUACCCGAACAUCAGCAGGGUGGAUUCCGGUAAACUUCCUUCGAGAAAAGACCCAGAGGUGAACGUUCCAGAAACCAUUGAGAAAUCCUGCUCCCAGCGGGAAGAUAACAAACCGGAUGUCGGAGUCCACCGAAAUAGAUGUCUUCUUAGUGAGGUGAACUACUCCCUGAACUACCGGCUGAGGGCAUAUGGUGAUCAAGAUUAUAAUGAAAAACGGAAAUACAGAGAAAGCAAAAAUAAGCAUUUUACAAGUCAAGCGGCCUUCUGCCUGGGCUCUUGGCUGAAGACGAAAGUCCCUGGCUUUCUGUGUUCUGCCCCAAAUGUCCACAUGGUGGCGUCUGGCAGGCCUUCCAGAAUAAACCCAGAGGUGAACGUUCCAGAAGGCACUGAGAAAUUCUGCUCACAACAGGAAGAAAACAAACCAAAUGCUGGAACCACCGAAAAUAGACUUCUUCUGAGUCAGGUGGCCUACUUCCAGAACUACCGGCUGAAGUCAGACAAAGAUCGAAAAGGUCACGACGAAGAACAGAAAUACAGAGACAGGAAAAAUAAACUUCUUAUGAGUCAAGUUGCCUACUACCUGGGCUGCCAGCAUAAGACGGAAGUCCCUGGCUUUCUGUUAUCUGCUUCAAACAUCAGCAAGGUGGCAUCUGGCCGGCCUCCUUACAGAAAAUACACAGAGGUGAACGUUCCAGAAGGCAUUGAGAAAUCCUGCUCCCAGCAAGAAAAUAACAAACCGAAUGUCCGAGUCAGCAAAAAUAGAUGUCUUCUGAGUGAGGUGAACUACUCCCUGAACUGCCGGCUGAAGACCUACAAUGAUCAAAAAGAUCAUGAUGAAGAACAGAAAUGCAGAGACAGCAAAAAUAAACAUCUUAGGAGUCAAGCGGCCUACUACCUGGACUGCCGGCUGAAGACGGAAGGAAGUCAAGGUGAUGUUGAGGAAGAGGAGGAGAAAGGGCCAGUGCCCCCCAGGAAUCUGCAGGAGUCUGUAGAGGAGGAAGCCCCCCAGGAGUCCUGGGAUGAAGGUGAUUCGACUCUCUCAGUUCCUCCUGGCCCAUCUGCCUUCAAUGAGACUUUGAGGAGCAACUUGCACUCAUUAGAGGAGCAGCAAGUCAUCUCGGCUGUUGACAUAGACAAGAUUAAAAAUGACCAAGAAGAAGAAGAAGACCAAGGCCCACCAUGCCCCAGGCUCAGCAUGGAGCUGGUGGAAGCAGAAGAACCUGAAGUCUUCCGGUACUCACUGGAUGUAUUGUAUUCAACUUAUGCAGCUUAUCCUGAGUUUUAUUUCACAUGCCAGGCUUACACAUAUGUUAUUUUUUUAUUUGUGGAAGAGCGUGUUCGCUUGACUUUGGACAUGGACAGUAGGUUUCUUACUACGACGGUGACAAGACUCCUCCCCCUGGUCUCCCGGGUAGGGGUCAUAUUUCCACACUAAGACAGCAUGUCACGUGGGACUCUGCCGGUGCAGAGUAUGAACACCACCAUGUUCUUGCUGAAACACUUAGCCUGAGUUUCAUAGCCUGAGGUAAUCUCCAGACAACUUCAGAAUGUAGAGCAGUGAGCAGCACGAGUGACCUUUCUCCUUCAGAAAGCCCAUGUCACCACAAAUCACACAACCAAAAGGAGAAGAGACAUUUUGGGUUGAAAAAGAGUAAAAAGAUAAUGUAGCUACAUUUCUUUAGUUCUUUUGAACCCAAAGUGUCUCCUCACCUUUUGUUGUUGUCAUUGAUGGUGGUGACAUGGGCUUGUUUGUAGAGGACAGGUCAGCUGUCUGACUCAAAGCUCUACCCUCUGAAGUUGUCUGAAAAUGUCCUCAUGAUUAAAUUCAGCCUAAGUGUUUUUCUGGGAACACUGCAGGGUCAAUGCUACCUCACCCAUCUGCAGGCAGAGAAGGUCCUGUGUGUCUCCCACCGUGAUUGUGAUACCAGGACUGUUCCACCAUUUGUCUACCAUCAUGAUCCUGAUACCAGGACUCUUCCACCAUUUGUCUACCGCCAUGAUUGUGGUACCAGGACUGUUCCACCAUUUGUCUACCAUUAUGAUUAUCAUACCAGGACUCUUCCUCCAUUUGUCUAUCACCAUGAUCGUGAUACCAAAACUCUUCCACCAUUUGUCUAAGAUUAUGAUCCUGAUACCAGGACUGUUAAACCAUUUGUCUGCUUCCAUGAUCGUGACACCAGGACUGUUCCAUGAUUUGUUUACCACCAUGUUUGUGGUACCAGGACUGUUCCACUAUUUGUCUACCACCAUGAUUGUGAUACCAGGACUGUUGCACCAUCUGUCUACCACCAUGAUUGGGGUACCAAGACUGUGUUACCUUUUAUCUACCAUUAUGAUUGUCAUACCAGGACUCUUCCACCAUUUGUCUAUCACCAUGAUCGUGAUACCAAAACUCUUCCACCGUUUGUCUACCAUCAUGAUCGUGAUACCAGGACCGUUUCAUUAUUUGUCUAUCACCAUUAUUGUGAUGCCAGAUCUGUACCUUUCAGAGACAGCUUAUUUAUACCGAAGUAAUUGGAAAAAUGGUUUUUAAAAGUAUUAAUAUGCUGUAUUCAAAUGACCAUCCCUAAACAUUUUAUUCAUUAAUCAUCCCUGGCGUUGUCAAUUAUUAUAUUUAUAUCUCUCUACUGGAAAUUUUUAAUUUUUCCUGUAUCUUUGCUUUUUCUAGUUGUCUGUUGUUGGAAAAAAAAUUUCCUGCCUGCAUUUUAAUUUUUGCCAAAGUUAAUUUUAAUCUAUACUAUUAAAAUGUUUUCUCUUAAGACUGUCAGCACAUAAGGCCACAGCAAAACAGAGAAUUCACUGAUUUUGAAGCCUUUUUUGAUUUGUUGCUGACAAGGGACAUAGUUUUCUUAGCUGCUAAUAACUAUUUGAGCAGCCAGGAAAGGUCUAUCAGACUAAGGACAUGAAAAGCCCAGGCCAUUCUCUUUGAGUCUUUUAAACUAUUUCAAAAGAGAAGAGAAUAGGUAGAUUCCACAUAUGUGGACAGGAAGGAGAAUACACUAAAAGCAACAGACAACUAUUUCCCAAAACAGAAUAGAAAACUAGAUUUAAAUAAACAUACACCAUUAAAAUUUAUUAAACAUUUUCUCAUGUCUCUAAACUUACCUGUUAUAUGAAAGUCAGUUCUUAAUAUUCCACACUGCAUUGACUGUUGACAUUCAUAAGAACAUAUUUCCAAGUUUAUUAUUUGAAAAUGCAAAUGGACUGUAAUUUUUUUUUGCAGUAAUCUUUUUAAGAUUGAAGAUUUUAUUCAAAAUAAAACCAGAGAUUUUAAAGAUUGAAAAUGACAUUAAAAUGUAUCUUCUCAAAAUAA